CCCACAUGUCGCUGAAGCUGAGGAGGCUGCGAAGACCUCUUUGAGUGCGCCUGCGGUGAUCGAGGGCCAUGAGAUGGCGACAGAGGCCCACGGGGAGGCGGCUCAUGGAGGAGCUGAGGAGGAUGAAGAGGACAAAGAAGAGGAGCCAGAUGCUGUCACUUGGACAACAGCACUGUUGUUGAUUGGUUUCCUCAUCAUUUUCGUGGGGAUCCUGUAUCUGGUGAACUGCACCGACGAGGAUAUUCGAGCGGCCAUUUGGGGCAUGAUCAAUACCACCGUCUCCAUCUUUUGUGCAGCAACCUUUGACAAUGCGGUCUUCAGGUUCUUCCAUUUCCAACUGGUGCUUUCGCCUCCCCCACGUGGCUUUGGCCUGAAGCACGACACACCGGAGAUCAAAAGCACAGUGGGAAUCAGCUUCGCACUCUUGGCGAGCAUUUUCUUGCAUGUGAGUCUCUUCAACGUCUCCUCCGACAAUCAACAACUGCUGUUUUCCAUUCGGACCAUCGGCGGUCAUGUUUAUGCCUUCGCCAGCAUCUUGACCUUUGGCUUCCUACAGGAAAGCCAUGUCUUUCGGAUGGAGCUUUGGAAGGUGUUAGCUGUCGUCGGCUUGGCCUUCAUUGUGAUGGUGCUAUCCUACCAGAUCAUUCUUUGGUUGGCCAAGCGAUGCAUGAGUGCGGUACAAUGGCAGGAAUGUCGAGUGCAGCGGGGAAUGAUGAAGGAAAUGCAGCUGGAUGCUAGUGCUAUCUCAAUCGGUUUCCUUUUGUGUCAGUCAAUCUGCUAUUGGUUGAGCGAGGCUGAGAAACCAUACAACCGCUUCAUUCCCAUUCUGCACGGCUAUCCCAGCGAACAGAAAGAGAACAGCUUUGAGAUUUUGUGCGGAUUGGCAACCACACUCCUAAUAGCCUCUGCUGUUUGGUCCAUCUAUUUGAGUCUUUCGGCAGCAAGGAAAGUCUGCGGCUGCAUCGGCCCAUUCGUUUUCGACUACAUUGGUGUUUUGUUGUCCUGCACAGGGUGUUGGUGCCUUCAGCGUGCUGGUUUGAUCCGGUUGUUCCACUUCUUCAAGCGUUCUGAGGGCGAACUUGUCGAAGCCAUGGCUUGCAAUCGUGCCAUGAUUGUGAAUGCCUUUGUUAUGUCACUACUUGCGGUUGUUUGCGUCAUUGUGAUCGACAAAGUGGCAGAUAGCGUGCAGAAGAAGGAGGCGGCGUCACCCAUUCGAAUUCUGGUUCGAGACGGGACAACAGGGAUGAAAAAAAGCGAGUCGCAGACCACGUUGCAGCAGCUGGGCACGUUGACGGGCAUGGACCUUGAGAAUAUCCCCUCCGUUCCCCGCGGGAGCAGCGGCCUCACCGAGAUGCUUGGGGAUGACGAACUUUCAAGACUUGGUGCUGGUUUGAGGACCGUCAUGACAGGCUUUGGUCUGCUGGUUGGUAUUUGUUGGGACAAGGCUUUUGAAACUGCACACGAGACGGUGGCAGAAACCGUGCCGGUCUUCCAUGCGCAUCCAGUGAUUGGGACUGGACUGGUAGCGGCAAUCUUGCUCUUGUUCGUCGUUCCGGCCUGGUACUGGUACAUUGUGCCAAAUGCCAUGAAGGAUGAAACGGAGCACAAGCAAGAUAUCGAGCAUCAGCAAAGUUUGAUGGCAAACUCCAAAGGCCCACAGGUCGAAAUCUCGUCCAGUGAAGAAGGUGAAAGUCAAGAAUCGGCCUAGAUGAGCCAUGGAGAAUACCUAGUGGUGGAU